AUCUUCGUGUGGUCUUCCCCAGUCUGUGUCCGCGGCAAUGCACGCCCCCCUAUCCCCUCCUUCCUCUCAGUCAUGUACUUCAACCGCAUCGCCAUAGCUCUCGGCCACUGCCGCCGCACCCACGCCUUCCACCGCGGCGAGGCGCUCCACUCCCAGCUCAUCAAACUCGGCAUCCUCGCCGAUGUUUUCCUCUCCAGCAAUCUAAUCUCUCGUUUCAUUAACGAUGCACAGAAGCUGUUCGACGAAAUGCCCCACAGAAAUAUAGUCACGUGGAUGACGAUGGUGUCUGCUUAUACGAAAUGUGGGAGAGCUGGGAAGGCUGUGGGGCUGUAUAGGUACAUGGUGGAGUGGGGCUUGGAGAGGCCCAAUGGGUUUAUGUACUCGGCGGUGUUGAAGGCUUGUGGUGAAGUGGGUGAGGUUGGAUUGGGGAGAGAGGUUCAUGACAUGGUACGUGGAGAUGGGUUGGAGUUUGAUACGGUUUUGAUGAACACCCUUUUGGAUAUGUACCCUUUGGAAAUGUGGGAGCUUGGGUGAUGCCAGAGUGUUUUUGAGGGGAUGUUGGAGAGGAACUGGGUGUCGUGGAACAUGAUGAUUUCGGGGUAUUGUAAGGCUGGUUUGAUGAAUGAGGCUGUGGGGAUGUUGAGGAGGAUGAGAGAGCCGAAUGCCGCGUCUUGGAAUAGUGUUAUUGCUGGUUUUGUGAGUAAUGGGAGCCGGCAUGCGUUGGAGUUUGUGAGUUUGAUGCAUAGGGAAGGGUUCAUGCUUGAUUGUUAUACUAUUCCGUGUGCUUUUAAGAGCUGUGCUUGGUAUGGUUUGUUAGCCUCUGGGAAGCAGAUACAUUGUUAUGCUGUGAAGUAUGGUUUUGAGUCUGAUAGUUUUGUUUUGUCGGCGCUGAUUGAUAUGUAUUCGAACUUCAAUCAGUUGGUUGAAGCUGUAAAGUUGUUUGAUCAGCACUUAAGGUGCAGUGGUUUUGUUAAUUUGGCUCUUUGGAACUCCAUGCUUUCUGGUUGUGUCAAUAACAAACAUAAUCAUGCAGCUUUGGACUUGGUUUCAAAAGUCCAUUGCUCAGGUGCACAGCUGGAUUGUUACACUUACAGUGGUGCUUUAAAGGCCUGCUUUAACUUGCUUAACUUGAGACUCGGGCGUCAAUUGCAUGGUUUGGUUUGCACUGCAGGAUAUGAGCUGGAUUAUGUUGUUGGAAGCAUUCUUACAGACCUCUACACAAGAGUGGGAAAUAUUAAGGAUGCAUUGGGGCUGUUUCACAGGCUUCCAAUGAAAGAUACUGUAGCAUGGUCUGGUUUGAUCAUAGGGUGUGCUAAAUUGGGACUGAGCUGGUUAGCUUUUUCACUGUUUAGGGAUAUGGUGCAUUUGGGUGUAGUAGUAGAUCAUUUUGUCAUUUCACAUGUUCUGAAAGUUUGCUCCAGUUUAACAUCUCUUGGAAGUGGGAAACAGGUUCAUGCUUUCUGUGUUAAGAGUGGAUAUGAAACCGAGGGGGUUGUAAAGACAUCACUGGUUGAUAUGUACUCAAAAUGUGGUGAUAUUGAGAAUGGUUUGGCUAUGUUUGAAUCUGCGGCAGACAGAGACACUGUCUGUUGGACUGGAAUAAUUGUUGGUGGGCAAAAUGGAAGAGCAGAUGAAGCAAUUAAACUUUUCGAUAAGAUGACAGAAUCAGGGUUGAAGCCAAACGAAAUUACAUACCUAGGGGUUCUUUCUGCAUGGAGGUAUGCUGGUUAUGUUGAAAAGGCAAGGACCAUCUUUGAAUCAAUGAAAAACAAACAUGGACUGAAACCCCGUUUAGAUCAUUAUUAUUGCAUGGUUGACAUCCUCGGUCAAGCUGGAUGUUUUAGAGAGACUUUAGAUUUCAUUGCUAAGUCGCCAUUUGAGCCCAACCAAGUCAUAUGGAGAUCAUUGCUUGGAGCCUGUGGAACUCAUAAUAAUACUGAACUAGUAAAUGUCGUUUCUGAUCACCUGCUAGCAACUUCACCAGAAGAUCCUUCCACAUAUGUGACACUUUCAAAUGUUUACGCAGAAUUAGGAAUGUGGGUCGAUUUAAGCAAAGUUAGAACAGCUGUCAGGCAAGUGGGUGCAAAAACAGAAGGAAAGAGCUGGAUUGAGAUCUCAAGAUAAGAAAGAGUGCGAUGGUAAAUUGCUUGGUGCAGGAUGUAGUUCUUCCUGUUCAGUAUAUCAAAGCUACUACAUGUGCUAAAAUCAAGUCAUUACACUAAAUCACUUGGUGCAGGAUGUAGUUCUUCCUGUUCAGUAUACUGCAGCUGCUACAUGUGCUAAAUCAAGUCCUUACAUGAGUUUAAGGGCUGGAUCAUUGUACUGAAUAGCUUGCAAAGAUCAGAGAAUGACCCAUUGGUGGCUGAGUUCAAGGAGAUGUAUUUGUCUUAUGGUUCUUAAGCUAACUGCAUGAUCUAGAUGCAUGCAUGCUAAGAAAGAUGCUGGUGCAUGAUCUUUAUCUUUGCUCACAAAUAUAGCUUAGUUUCCUAUUAGUCAAUUAGCCUUGCUAUGAUGCUAAAUUCAGAAAUGACAGAUCCUCCUAUUCUCACGGUAUCUGCAGUGAAGAGAGAAGAACAUAUCUGGGAGGCUGGGACAUAUGUUAAAGAGGAAGGGUGAAGUUUGAAGAACCGAGGACUGAAAAUACACUGUAGACUGACCUGCCCUGUAGACCCAGCAUGCCUCUGUAGCAUCUCUUUGAAGAUUUAGCUUCCCAUACUGAUAACAUCUGUGGUAUGAUGCGACAAUCAGUAGCAGAGCAAGGUGCCUGGUGUAAGAUCAGGAUAUGG